AUGUUGGAUAUUUUUUUAAAUGUUAAGUGUAAAAACACAAAAUUGUUAACAUCAAUAUAUAUUGAUGAUAUCCGUAUUUUAACACCAAAAAGAAAAAGAGGAAAUCAUCCUGAUGAUGAUGAAUUAAAUUUUAAUAAAAACAACUUCGUAUCAUCGUAUAGAAUUAUAGUCGAAAAUUUUUUUGCUCAAAUAAAGAAAUGGAAAGUUCUUACUGUACCAUGGCGUUCAACUUCUAAAAAUCAUAAAAAGAUGUUUUUAAUUUUGGUUUAUCUUACAAAUUUAAAGAUAAAAAAGGUUCCUCUUAGAGAUGAAGAUUAUUUCGUUGAUGAAACUGAAAGUGAAGAUGAAUAUGAAAAUAAUUAUUAUUAUAUUUAA